UUCAUACAUACAGGACUGCUCUCUUGCUUUAGCUGUGCAGAAAUGUCAGGUGUAGCCGCUAGGGUAGCUAAAGAACGCGCUGCAGAAUGUGAGGGUCUUGGCACUUGUCAGAAUCCAGUAAAGUACUUAGGACAGGAUUUUGAAGAGCUGCGGACACAGUGCUUGGCAUCUGGGACUCUGUUUAAAGAUGAAGAUUUCCCUGCAUGUUCCUCUAUCAUUGGUUACAGGGAACUUGGACCAAACUCUGCUAAAACAAAAGGGGUUGUUUGGAAGAGACCCUCAGAUAUCUGUCCAAGUCCUCAGUUUAUUGUUUCUGGAGCCACACGUUCAGAUAUCUGCCAGGGGGAAGUUGGUGAUUGUUGGCUGAUGGCGGCUAUAGCCUCUCUUACUCUGUAUGAAGACGUUUUAGCUCAGGUAGUGCCACAGAACCAAAGCUUCCAGGAUCAGUAUGCAGGAAUCUUCCACUUUAAGUUCUGGCAGUACGGAGAGUGGGUGGACGUUGUUGUGGAUGACCGUCUGCCUACAGUAAAUGGGAGCCUAAUGUUUGUGCACUCAGCAGAAGGGAACGAGUUCUGGAGUGCUCUAUUGGAAAAGGCCUACGCCAAGUUAAACGGGUCCUAUGAGGCCCUGUCUGGAGGUUUCACAGUAGAGGGGUUUGAAGAUUUUACCGGAGGAAUCUCAGAAUUCUAUGAUUUGAAGAGCCCUCCAGCAAAUUUAUUCCAGAUUAUCCAGAAAGCACUUAAGAAAGAAUCUCUGCUUGGAUGUUCAAUUAAUAUAUCUAAUAAGUAUGAAAUAGAGAAAAUCACUCAGAGAAAGCUGGUAAAAGGUCAUGCUUAUUCAGUUACUGGAGCGGAGGAGGUUCUAUACCAUGGUUGUAAAGAGAAGCUGAUACGGCUGAGGAACCCGUGGGGAGAUGUAGAGUGGACUGGACCUUGGUGUGAUGGAGCUCCAGAGUGGAACGACGUUGAUCCCAAAGUGAAGGAAGAGCUUGAGAAACAGUUGAAUGACGGAGAAUUUUGGAUGCCUUUUUCAGACUUUUUAAAAGAGUACUCACGGAUAGAAGUUUGUCAUCUAAGUGUCGACAGCUUAACCAGCACCAAGGAACAUAAAUGGGAAGCGACCAUAUUUCAUGGGAGCUGGACACGAGGGUCUACGGCAGGAGGCUGUCACUUCUUCCCAGCUACAUAUUGGACUAACCCACAGUUCAGGAUUAAGUUGAAUGAAGCAGAUGAUGACCAUGACUGCUCCACUCAUGAUCCAUGCUGUACUGUAAUUAUUGGCCUAAUGCAAAAGAACCGGAGGAAAAGGAAAAGAAUUGGAGAGGAUUUGCAUAAAGCUGGCUUCACAUUGUACCGGUUGGACAACCAGACUGAAGGCCUCCUAAACAGGAAGUUCUUCACAACAAAUGAACCAGUGGCUCAAUCUGACUGUGUUGAUUCAAGGGAGGUGUCCAUACGCUUAAAGCUGCCCGUAGGAGACUACGUGAUUGUACCAUCCACAUAUGAGCCCUUUAAAAGUGGAGAUUUUUGCCUUCGUGUCUUCUCAGAAAAAGAAACAAAACCUCUAGAUGAUGAUGCGGUGAAAGCCGACUCAUAUGAGCCUCGUAUAUCUGAUCAAGAUGGGUUUGUGGACUGCAGAGACAUUUUUGAGAAGUUAAACGCUCAGAGAAAGGAAAUGAAUGCAUAUGAACUUCAGAUCGCACUGAAUAAACUUCUAGAAAACAGAAAGGGAUUAAAAUCAGAUGGAUUCAGUCUUGUUACAUGCAGAGAAAUGAUCAAUCUCAUGGAUAUGGAUGAGACAGGAACACUAAGUUUGGAGGAGUUCAAAGCUCUUUGGAUGAAGCUACAGAAAUACACGGAAAUAUAUUUAAAGGUAGACGCUAAUCAUUCAGGAACAAUGGAAGCUCAUGAAAUGAGACAAGCUUUACAAGAAGCAGGUUUUACUCUUAAUGAGAAGAUUCAGCAGAGAAUUGUACAACGAUUCGCGUCCAGUGAUGUGACCAUUAAUUUUGAUGGGUUUAUCUCAUGUGUGAUACGUCUGGAAACAUUGUUUAAAAUGUUUCAGCUCUUGGAUGUAAAAAAAAGUGGAGAAAUCACACUCACGUUACCAGAGUGGCUCCAUUCAACUUUGCUCUAGAAGCUGACGACACAGAUGAAUGCAUUGUUGUUGUAAACCUGUGAAAGUCUCCAUGCAUUUCAAUUGACAGAUUAAUAAUUUGUUUUAUUUCUUAUGUUGAUACUAUGUCAGAUAUUAAAAUAGUAGAAACAAAAUUCAUACUAUAAGAGUUUGGGUUUACUGCAUUUAAAUGUAAAACAUGAAUGAAUAUGUUGGCACAGUCUGAAUAUGCAGAUUGGAAAUAAAAGUAAAGACGUUCAUAUUAGUUUUAUAAUAUUGUGUAAUGUGUGUGUGCAUAAACCAGGGAAAAUACUGCAAAUAAAGUAAUUGUGGUCCUCAUUACAACCCAUUAGCAUUCUAAUGUGAAAUGUAUUGCAUGGAUUUUUGUUGGGUUUUUAGACUUCAACAUUUUCCAAUCCAUUAAAAAUUCCGAUUAUCCUAUUUUCAUGACGGAAUAAUCUAGAUUUUAUUAAAGAGACAGAGACGAGUAUUUUGCAUUACCUUUCACUUUACUACUCAGACAGCAAUUUAAAGAAAUAACAUUUGAAUAUUAACAGAAAAAAUAUGUUAACAAUGAAUAGAUAGAAGAGACCAAUGAGAACAUUCCUUUAGUGGUCAGAGAUAGUAAGGACCAAUCAGAUGAGUCAUAGUAACCAUAUAAAGUCCAAACAGUAGCAAAACCUCCUCUUUUCUCACUCAAGCGAAGAAAACACAAAUCAUUCCCAAAGAAUAAAAGCAGGAACAGUCCCGAAAAAACUAUCCAGAAUAAUAUGAAGAACUUUGAUGAAACAAAAGGUUGAUUGAAGAAAAACUGCAUACUCCUGCAGGAAGAAAAAGAAAACUUGCCAGACGAAACUGAAGAAGUUGAUUGAAGAACAUCUUUAGAAGAAUCAAAUUUUCUAGUCGAACUCUUAAAAUCCUGUAGAGGAAGGAUUCGGCACAGAAAAACAAUAAAGAGUUAUUAGAAUUACAUAAAUACUUAUCUUAAAUAUUUAGGGUAGGGAACAUAUCAAAUAGUGGAGGGAAAAUACUCGUCUCUGUCUCUUUAAUAAAAUCUAGAUUAUUCCGUAAUGAAAAUAGGAUAAUCAGAAUUUUAUUACAAGAACAGAGACUCCUAUUUUGCAAGUUUAAAGCAAAAUAAAAAAUAAAUAAAUACAAUAACAAUUAAUUUAUAAAACAAGUUGUUGAGCAAUAGAGUUAAUAGGUUUAAAAUAAAAUUGUCUGAAAGUUUUGUCAUCAGACCAAUCUGAAGCAUUUAAAAUAUCCUGUAAAGAAACAGAUUUAGAAAAAGCUUUAGAAGCUGAAGCUCCUCGAAUAGAGUGUGAAAAAAAAUAUAUCAUCUACUCCAGCUUCCAACAUAACAUUCUUGACCCAUCUACUAAUAGUGGGUGAAGAAACUGGUAAGUGAGGAGAAACAAAAGAAAUUAAGAGUUGUUUAGAAGAAGAUGAUCUAAGAUGAGCCAUCCUGGAUUCAUACUCUUUAAGACAAAGAACUAUACAGAGUUUUGGUUGUUCAAAACAGUAGGGAUAAAAAAUAGAAGAAGAUAGAGUUUUAGUUCUACGAGAUAAAGUAAAAAUUACUCCUUGAGGAGAAAACAUUUUUGAAUCAUAAUCAAUAGCACGAACAUCUGAAACUCUUUUACAUGAUAGUAAACAUAAAAGAGUUGCAAGUUUGAUAGAAAGUUGUUUUAAUGAUAAUGUAUUAUUCUCCUGCCAUUUUUGGAAAAGAGAGAUUACCAAAUCUACAUCCCAAAAAGAAGAAUAUUUAGGAGUAGGGGGUCUUUUGAGACGAAUGGAUUUUAAUAAUUUGCAAAUAGUAGGAUUUUGACCAAUGGGAAGAUUAUCAAAGAAUUCAUGACUAGCUUAAAUAGCUGAUCUAGCUACAUUGAUGGAUCUAUAAGCUAGACCUUCAACAAAAAGGGAAGAUAAAUAAUUGAUUAUUUCAUUUAAAGGUACUGAAAUGGGAUCCAAAUGUUUGUUACCGCACCAGCUAGACCACUUAAUCCAAGCGGAACUAUAACACUUUUUGGUUCCAGGGGCCCAAGAGUCUUGAAGGAGGAGUUUAGCUUGCUCCGAAAGUGCAUUGCAAGACCAGGAUCCCCUGAAAUCGUCCAAGCUACAAGCUGGAGAUUGCCUUGAAGCACUAAGGUGUGAAAUUCUCCGCCUGGAUCUGUAAGAAGAUCUGGAAUACUGGGAAGAAGAAUUGGAGGAAGGAAGGACAUUUCCAGAAGAUAUGGGUACCACACUUGAUUCGGCCAAAGUGGAGUCAUGAUCAGAAGGGAAAUCUGAUGUCUCUUGACAAAUAAGAGUCCGAAGAAUCAUUGAAAAUGGAGGAAAAGCAUAUUCUCCUUGAGGAGGCCAUUGUUGGAGGAAAGCAUCUAUUGCUAGAGCUUCUGGGUCUGGUUUCCAACUGAAAAAGGGGUAAAUCUGAUGAUUUAACUGAGAGGCAAAAAGAUCUAUCACAAAAGGACCCCUCAAUUGACAAAUUUGUUGAAAGAGAGAAGGAUUCAACAUCCAGUCGCUGAAAUCCAUAAGGUAUCUCGAACCCCAGUUUGCCAUUUGAUUGUUGAGACCAGGAAGAUAUUCUGCUUGAACAGAUAUGUUUUGGGAAAGACAAUAAUGAAUAAAGUCUUUGGUUAAAACCGAUAACAUUCUUGAAGUUUUUCCACCUAAACGGUUUAUAUAUUGAACAGCUGAUAUAUUGUCCAUACGAAGAAGAACCGUAAUGGGGUGAGAAUGUUUGAUAAAACUUUUGAUAGCAAAAGCUCCUGCCAAAAGUUCCCGACAAUUUAUAUGAAGAUUCUUUACUGAAAGAGACCAUUUUUUUUCUCCCGAAAUUUGAGAACCACAUCUUGCUCCCCAACCAGAGUUGCUUGCAUCUGAUUCUAUAAUUAUGUCCGGUGAGCUUCCAAAAAUGACUUUACCAUUCCAAGCUUCCAUGUUGAUUAGCCACCAAUUCAAUUCUUCUAUAGCUUCUUCUGAUAAGUGAAUCAGAUGUUGAUAAGAAAAACCUUUUCUGAGGUAAAAUAUUUUCAAUCUCUGAAGCGCUCUGUAAUGUAGAGGAGCUGGAAAGAUUGCUUGAAUGGAGGAAGAAAGGAGGCCGAUAAUUCUGGCUAAAAGACGAAGAGGAAAACAUUUCUUGUUUAGGGUAUAAGAAAUUUCCUUUUUUAUCCUCUUUAUCUUGUCUAAAGGAAGACUCAGAGAAGCAGAAAUAGUAUCUAUGUUGAAACCUAAGAAGGUUAGAUUUUGGGAUGGAAUCAAAGCCGAUUUCUUGAAAUUGAUAAAUAAAACCCAAACUUUGAAGUAAGGAAAUUGUAAUAGAAAGAUGAUCUUAAAGAAUGGAAGGGGAUUGAUGAAUAAGAAGAAUAUCGCCUAAGUAAAUAAUUAGACGAAUUCCUCGUUUCCGAAGCCAGGCUACCACAGGUUUUAAAAUUUUUGUAAAGACCCAAGGAGCCGAAGAAAGACCAAAAGGAAGGCAUUUAAACUGCCAUAAAGUCUCUUUCCAGAGGAAUCUAAGAUAAUUUCUGAAAUUUAAAUGAAUUGGAAUUAUAAUAUAAGCAUCUGUCAAAUCCAAUCUUACAAGCCAGUCGUUGUUGUAAAGACAAUCUCUGAGAUAAUGGAUUCCUUCCAUCUUGAAAUGAUUGUAAAUUAGAAAAUAAUUUUUUUUAGAAAAUAAAUUUAUAACAGGAUGAUAACUGCCUUCUUUCUUUGGGACUAGAAACAUAUUGCUUAUGAAAGAAUUUUCUGAAUUGUGAGCAGGCUGAACUACAUCUUUUGAUAUCAGGUCUGAAAUCUCUUUGUCUAGGAGUAAUUGGUCUUUUUGAGAAAAUGUUAUUGGAUUGGGCAAGGAAUUUUGAAAAGGUGGUUUUAUGAAUUCUAAAUGAAGGCCUGUGACAGUCUGUAAAAUCCAUGGAUCUUGAGAUAUUCUUUGCCAUUCUGAAAGGAAAAGUGCUAAUCUGCCACCUAUUCUUUGUUGGAAAAAAGGAAUGGAAAGAGAGGUGAUUGAACUUACCUUGGAAGGAUCUUCUGUUGAACCUGGAUCUGAAACCUCUGGAAAAACGUUGUCUCGAACGUGAGGGAAAAAAGUUUUGGUGGGAGGUAGAUGGUGUAACAGUGUUGUGGAAAUGAGACCUUGAUGUGGCUGAAUAGCGGCUGGAAAAGCGGUCUCUGCCUUUUCCAGCCUUUGAAAAACUCUCUGGGGUUGGUUCUGGUAAAAAAUCUUUCGUGUAUUAUUUUUAAUUUUGUUUAAUGAAUUGAAUGUGUUAACAUAAUUACUAAGCUGUUUAAGGCCAGAGUCACCAAACAACAGGCCAUCAGCUUCAGGACCCAUUUCCAUGGAAGCAAAGUCAGUAAUCUUAGGGUUGAUGCAGCGAAGUAGUAACCUUCUACUUUGAGAGGCUAAUGAAGUGUUAGCGUCACCUAACAAAUAAACUGUCCUUUGUAACCAUUCUCUUACAAUAAUAGGGUUUAAUAAAAAAUUCUCGGAUAGUUCAAAUAGUUUUGUAACGGGUCCUAAGGUAUCUGAUAAUUUAUCCUGACAGGAUUUUAAAAAUCUGUCAGGGCCAGAUCUAAUAUUAGACCUUUUUGUUCCAAUAAAUUUAAAAAGAUUUUGGUCAAUUUCAGGGGUCAAAUGGGUAUUAUGGGGUAAUUCAGGUCUGGGACAUUCAGCUUUGAGGGUAUUUUUUGUCUUUUUAGAUAGAGGUCUUCUAAUAUAGAAAUCAAUAAACUUUGAGACUCUUUUUGAAGGUCUCCACUGUGAAGACCUGGGAUGAUGAAUGUCAUUUGGGUCUGUAUAGGGAAGACCUAAAUCUUCCGCAACACAAGGUUUUUUAUUUUUUAAAACUUUCUUCCUUUUCUUGGGUUUGGGGGAAUCAUCAGAGGAAGAUGAGAAUACAUUCAAUAAAGUAGUGUUAGAUUUGUAAGAAUCAAAAGAUUCAAUAUCAGAAUCAUAUUUUUUUACAUCCAUUUCAAUAUUCUCCUCAUUAUUAUUGUCAGAAGAAUCAGAUUCAACUCUAAAUUUCUUUUGCGAGAAAUUUUACUUCAUUUAGGUAUAAUAAUAUCUGAUUCUGCUUCAGAAACACAUGGGCUUUCACUUCUGCAUUUAUGUGCAGGUAUGGAAAUGUCAGAGCAAUGCUGACGUGACAGAUCUUUAUUAGAUUUUCUUUCUGAUGAAAGUUUUCCCUUAAUAUUCAUAUGCUUAGUCUUGCUUAAAGCCUUUUUGUGAACAUGACCUUGUAUUUCAUUAAAAUUGUUAAUAACAGAUUGGAGCUGAUCCAUCUGUUGUUUCAAAGGUUCAAAAGAACUGUUAAUUAAAUUUUUAACAUACUUUUCUGAAAUUUGUUUAGGGUCUUCAGACAUUUUAAAUUAAUAAACUGAAUAAACAACUAAAUAAAUUAGAAGUAUUGGACAGGAAUCAAACUCCUAACCUUAUAUAUUGAAAACAGAAUACUUAAAGUGAAGGAUAGUACUGUUUCAAAGAAAUCAAUAUCUCUUUGCAAAAUAAUAGCACUUUAAUUCAUCAUUAUUUACGUACCUCAAUCUAACUUUAGAUAUCUUUGAUUCUUAUCCUCGAUCCGGCUCCCAGUAAAUCAACCCGUUAUUUCUUUUUUUUUUCCUAGACAACGAUCACGUUGUUUGAAUAACCAAUUGAUUCACUGGCCGUUAGGCGGCCGUCAAUUGACGUCAGCAAGGUUUAGUUAUGUAUGCGCAUGCGUAGCCUUUUGUAGUUCUUUCGGCUAAGCGAGCGCGUCCUCGUUUCACGCAUGCGCACAAAGGAAGCGCAGUAGAGACGAGCAACCGCAAUUAACGCAUGCGCAAAUAUCCGUGUCCAAAGAGUAUGCUCAUGCGCAGUUACUCCAUGCUCGAUGUGCACGAGCUUACUAGACACGUAUAGAGCGGGUGGGACCGCUCUAUACGUCACAGUGUCAGAAAACAGGAAAUGGAGGAUGGGCGGAGAUUCGGCAGGUAACGGAAUGAAAAAUAAAGAUAAAAAUAUACCAAAAUAAUUACAUUUUUUGGAGAAAAAAAAACCUAGCGACUGGAUUUAACUGAGUAUAAGGUACUUAAAAACAUAUGCUACUUACGAAAACGUUACCUUCACUUUAACCAGUAGGUUAUAGCUACAGACAAAAUUUCUUUCAGAAAAACUGAAAUAUAUAUAAUAUAUAAGUCACAAAGAGUUUCUUUAAAAUUAAUAAAUUAAUACAUUUUUAAUGUAUAAAUAUUAGGAUUCAAACCAGGAACCUUCAGGUAAUAAACCGAUUACAAACCCACUGAGCUAUUUGAUCAGUACAAAUAUAAUAUGUAAUUGUAACUAUAUAAGGUAAAAAACAAUGUCAACGUUUAUAAUGUGCCAGUAAUAAAAACUACUUAACAUAUAAAUUGUUCAAAUAAGUGUAAUAAUAUGUUGCAGAAUUUUAUGUUGCAAAUUUUUUUUGUGCAGACAGAUUCGAUACUUGUCCUGUCAGGGAAGGAGACGAUGUAAUGAAUGAGGAGGGCGAGAAAUAGCAAUGCGUAGGUACGUAAAAUGGAGGAGUGGCUAGACAGCUGACAAAGACAAGAUGGAGGGCGCAUGAGAACGAAGCUCAGACGCUCCAGGGAAAAAGGCAAAAAAGACAAGAAAAAAAAGAAUGAUGAAAUGAAAUAAAGUAAAACAAGAAACGGACAAAAGGGGAUAAAAUUAAAAAUCAUAAUUUUCACCAAUUAAGUAAAAUAAGGGGAAUAAAAACAUAAAACAGGAAAUAAAAAUAAUAAUAAUACUAUGAAAGACAAUUGAAAUAGAAGGGAUAAGUUAAAUAAGGAAAAACAAAUAAAGAAAGUAAACAAACACAAUAAGAGAACACAAAAUAAACAAAUAGACAAACGAAUAUAACAAAUAAUAAUAAUAAUCAACAAAUAAUAUAUAAUAAGCAAUUUUUUUAUGCAUUAACAAUUUGAACUUAACUCCUGAGCAGCAAAGAGAAAAGAGGAGGUUUUGCUACUGUUUGGACUCUAUAUGGUUACUAUGACUCAUCUGAUUGGUCCUUACUAUCUCUGACCACUAAAGGACUGUUCUCAUUGGUCUCUUCUAUCUAUUCAUUGUUAACAUAUUUUUUCUGUUAAUAUUCAAAUGUUAUUUCUUUAAAUUGCUGUCUGAGUAGUAAAGUGAAAGGUAAUGCAAAAUAGGAGUCUCUGUUCUUGUAAUAAAAUCCCUACUAUAACCCAUUUAUUAUCAUGUCUUCUCUACCUAGUUAUGGGGUCAUUUCAACACCCAUAUUCAAUCCAUCAGAAAACAUCCUUCGACACAUUUUAGAAGAAUUUGUUUUGGACCUGUUGAAAAUCCAAUCUGGCUUGUUUCAUGUAAUGUUUAUUUGCACAGCUUUUUAAAUUUAUUUUAUUCUUGCCUAUACUCAUUCAAUCAGUAAAUGCCUUGUUUUUUUGUUUGAUAAAACAAUUUCUUAACUAUAAUACUUGUACACAAAUGAAAUAAAAUGAUCAUUUAUUAUUGCAAUGAAA